AGGUCUAACUGUAAUUAGGCACUGAUGCAACACACCUGUGAGAUCCCAAGAGAGCACCAAGCGAGUUGUGUUAUGUCAAGACAUUCAGGAAGGGUGAAUUUUAUGUUGUUGUUUUGGUCUGUUUAACAGUUUGGAAACUUGACAGCUCUUUUAUCCAUUAAAAAAACCUGAACUGUGGAACGGGCUGGCUAAAGACAGAAGAGGCGUACCAAACAGACAACUACUACCACCGAAGGCCUUCUAGGAUGACAUGGCGUUGCAUGAUGAUACCAAGUCAGGUCCUGUGGCUAUGGGACUAACCGGGGUAGAAGGCAAAGGCUGCAGAUACUCCGGGUGCAAAAUGUGUCCCGACCGUGCGGUAAGCAUUUUCAAAACCUUGAUGGGAAGCCGGUUUGCUUGCCGUAGUGGAUCCGACGGAGGUGCGGAGUGGAGAAAAGGCUUGUUGAUGCUCGCUGAGCGGCUAUUCCGAGAACUGCUGCUCUCCCAGAUUUCCUACAUUGGGCAUGACUGCAAGUACAUUCCAGACUUCCUUGGAGACACAUAUGGCCACUUUGCAAGAAGGCUGGAUUUGAGCUUCAAUGAGCUCAGGUCACUGGCAGGCCUCAAAAUGUUCACCGAGCUGGAAGAGCUGGUUGUCGACAACAAUUUGCUUGGAAAUGACCUCCGGUUGCCCAGGUUACCCAACCUCCACACCCUAACACUCAAUAAGAACCAACUGACUGAUAUCGAGGCCCUGCUGGAACACUUGGCUGAUGUGACCCCGUCAUUGGAGUACCUAAGCCUGCUGGGAAAUGAGGCCUGCCCCAACCAGCUGGUCAGCCCGGAUAAGGAUGAGGACGACUACCAGAGAUACAGGUACUUUGUUCUUCACAAGCUGCCUCAGCUGAAGUUUCUAGACACGAGGAAAGUAACCAAAAAAGAGGUGAUGGAGGCACAAGCAAGAGGAGCAUUCAUGAAAGUGGUCAAACCCAAGUCAGAAGCUCCAUCCAAUGAGGCUGGAUGCGAGAGUCACCCUCUGCCCUACAGUCCUCUACCCCAAGGAUCCAGAGAUGCAAGGAACCACAAAGGCGUAUUCGCCAAAUGUCGCUACGUCUACUAUGGCAAGCAUUCGGAAGGCAACAGAUUCAUCCGAAACGACCAGCUCUGAUGGACAGCUGGUCAGACAAAAAGAGGGACAUGAAUGACAAUGGAUGGUAACAGACGGAAAGGAAUAAAUCAAUCCAUUAUUUAUUAAGACCGCUGGUGAUAUUUCAGUUCAAUUCAAAUAUUUAAACUUUAUCAAAAGAUGUUAUGGUUAUGUAAGGGGAAUGUUGUAUGUUUUUUUCUAAAGAUCAUAUUCUAGCACUGUAGUAACUGCCUCCUCUGCUGAGUUGGGUCUGCUUCUGUCUCCCUGCUUCAAGCUCAGAGUCAGAGAUGACACUCCCACUGACAUGAUUGCCUCUAAGCAUCAGCAACCCCACAACUCCAGACACACACACACAACACACACACACACACACACACACACACACACAGACAAGGACAGUCUCUUUCUCUCUCUCUAUCUCUGUGUGUCUUACCCACAGUCAGUGACAAACAGAUCCAGCCAAUUGCGUGCUCUUUUUUGACAGCCAUGAUGGAUCACCCGUCCACUACUGCCACUAAUCAAGGGUGAAAAGGGUUACGGUCACACACCUGGGGCCUGACAUGGGCUCAUCUCUCUCAUUCCCUCUCUCUCUUUCACUCACAUACACAUAGACACAACCACAGUUUAAAACAUUAAGACAUUGUGGGAGCGCCCCGGUAGCUUGAAUGGUUACUGCACAUGCCACUUAACCACAAUGUCCCUGUUCACUUCCAGCCAGGGACCCUUGUUGUAUGUCAUAUCCAUCUUUCUCUCCCCUUGUUUCCUGUCUGCCUCUUCGCUGCCCACCAAUAAACACAAAAAUACCAAAAAUCUUAAAAAAAACAAAAACAUUAAAAAAUUGCAAAGACUUUGGCACAAGAUUUAUACAACCUGCUUAAACAUUCCUAUGAUGUUCAGUCCAAACUUGAGGCAUCAUCAGUAUGUCUUGUGUAGUUUUUUGGAUAGAUGAAUGCUUUUCUUUCUGUUGUUUAAAUGAAUUUUAUUGAAGUUACUUUAUCUCUUGAGUCUCUUAGUAGAGGAAAAGAAAUGUAUGUAUGUACUGUAUGUCUGAUUCACUUGGGAUUCUGUUGCUGUAUGUUUUAGCAUAUCUGAUGUAAUAUUAAUUCAGAGAAAGUUAUUUCUUGAGGCGAUGUAUUCAAAUGCAGCUUUAAAAUCAAAAUCAUUCCAAUACCAGCUUAAAUGAAGAACAGAGUUGUAACCAAGUAUGCAUUCCAGGUAUAUCGUUUUCUAUUAUGAUGCCAUUUUUUAAUGUUAUUUUGCUAAUCACUCUGCAUCUUCAACCAGUGAACCACUUCAUACUGAAAUAUUCCCUUGAUUAUUUACAUUGCACUGUGAUGCGUUGCAAACUAACGAUAAGACAUAAUCAUCAGAUAUAUAAUUUUGACUUAAUUACAAUUACCAAAAAAAUGUUAAAAUGCAUAGUUUUAAAGUGUUGUUUACAUUUUAUAAUACUUUUCUAAUCAUCAUGUUUUUACUGUAUACUCUUAAUGCAUAGAGUUCCCCAGGCAGCCUUUCAAUCUUAAAUUCUGAGAUGAAUUGAUCAUGUGAUAUAACUGAUCUGAUGUAAACUGUGUAUUGCUGGUUGUCUCCAAUGAUUAAAAAAGUUUAAGUCACA